CCCUUAUCCAGUACCUCUGGUUCACACAAUGACACCAUGAACAACACCACGAAGAUUAAGAUUCUUUGACCCCACGUACUCCUCCAUUAACAACCAGAUCUUCUCUUACCUUCUCCCUCUUUUCUAGGGUUUUUCGUAUAUUCUACUCCUCUUGUCUUCUCCCGCCUCCUUCCAAUGUCGAUUUUCUCCCUCCUCACUCUCCCCUCCAUCUCUCCAUCUCUCCAUUUUCUUUCUCCUCCUUCUACUGUUGAGCCUUCCUUUACUUCCUCUUGUCACCAAUUUUACCGCCUGUUCCCGCCCCCUUCCGCCCAUUCUAACCCUAAGCUUCUCAAGCCGAGCCACCGCUCUCGCUUCGGCGAAGCUCUUUCUGUCUAUGAUUCUGAUGAUGAAGAUGAACUGGCGAAGGCAGCGGCGACGGAAGUUGUAGAAGGUUCGAACUCAAGCUCUUCUCUUGCGAAUGAUGAUGAGGGUGAUGAUGAUGAUGAUGAUGUUCCUUGGUUCAAUGAUGAUGAAGAUGAAUUCGCAGAACCAGCAAACUUGAAUAGGGGUGAACAAAGGUCCAAAUUGCUGGCUGCAACCAAGCUUAGACCAGGAACCCAGAAAAAGGCGAGUAGUGUGGGCGCAAAAGCAGAUGGCAAAGGGAAGUGGGAAGGAAGGAAAGGUCCAAAGAAGAAAUAUUCACAGCUAGCAGAGGAAUUUAGACUAGACACUAGAUGGAUUCCCCUUCUUGAUUACCUGAGCACCUUUGGGAUGAAAGAGUCUCACUUUGUUCACAUGUACCGAAGACACACAAAUGCUUUUCAUAUUAAUGUAUUUUCUGCACGGGAAAGAUUGGAUUACUUGAUGAAUGUUGGCGUUAAACACAACGACAUCAAAAAGAUACUAUUACGGCAACCUCAACUUCUUGGGUAUACUGUGGACAGCAAUAUGAAAUCCCAUGUGGCGUUUCUGGCGGAUCUGGGUAUUCCUGAGUCUAAGAUAGGGCAAGUUAUCAGUGCUGCUCCAUCUAUCUUUUCAUAUAGUGUUAAGAAUUCCUUGAAGCCCACUGUAAGAUAUUUAAUUGAGGAGGUUGGGAUCAAGAAAAGUGAUUUGGGAAAAGUUGUGACUUUGAGCCCUCAAAUUCUUGUUCAGCGAGUUGACAUAUCUUGGAACGAUCGCUAUGAUUUCCUUUCAGACGAGCUGGGAGCACCAAAAGAGAGUAUUGUGAAAAUGGUUACAAAACAUCCCCAGCUUCUUCAUUACAGCAUUGAAGAUGGAUUAUUGCCCCGAAUUAAUUUUCUGAGGAGCAUUGGCAUGCAGGAUUCAGAAAUCUUGAAAGUUUUGACUAGCAUCACACAGGUACUUUCUCUCUCACUGGAACGAAAUCUUAAGCCAAAGUACAAGUAUCUGGUUAAUGAACUUCAAAACGAAGUCCGAUCCUUGACAAAGUAUCCCACGUACCUAAGCUUGUCGCUAGAACAGAGAAUUCGUCCCCGGCAUAGAUUUUUGGUUUACCUGAAGAAAGCGCCAGCGGGACCGUUUCCUCUGAGUUCCCUGGUCCCGACUGAUGAAUCCUUCUGUCAGCAGUGGGCAGGGACUAGUGUGGAUAAGUAUAUAGCAUUCAGGCAGAGCAUGCUGCUCAAAGAGUUUGCAAAGAAAUAUGAAAAGCAAGGAUGAAUUAAGUUGCCUUAGCGGAAAUGGGACUAACCAAACUGUUGAGCCAUCUCAUCAUGACACUUAUUUUGAAGACGUAUUACGUAUAUAGUCAAAUUUUGACUAUUACCUGCCAUUUAACCUGGAAUUACGCUGAUUCCAGACUUGUUUAUAUUCGUAUUCGCAAUAUGACUGAAGGCAAGGAAUGUUAUAAAGCGGCUCCUGUGGUCUCAACGUAAAUUCUGAUGUUGCAAGGUCAUUUUUUUGAGAUUAUAUACUCUCAAGGUCGCAAUGGUCUUGAGUUCAGUUAUUUUGACGUCAGAUUUGCACAUAUCAAAGCAUAGUCAUCAUGCAAAUGUCUCUUUUUUUUGGGUUUGUGACACAUCAACUGAUCAACAGUGAUGGCAAAUUUUGUAGAAGUUAUUAUUCUAACCUGUAAACGGUAAUCUUACUUCAGAAAGCACGUAUUUGCAAUUUUAUUUCAUA